AUGGGGCAAGGUGUCGCGACGGAACAGUCGAUUCGGUGCCGCUGGCUACAAAUCGAUGCGCCUACCGCUUCCACCCGGCGUCCGGCAACCACCCACUGUGGCGUCAGCGUCACCCUUCCCACCCCCACAGUGUGUACACCGCCAGCGACGUCGCCUAUGACCUCGAGGAGCUCUGGCAUGCCUGGCAGGCCGAUCCCGCCUCCGUUGAUGAAUUAUGGAGCAACUUCUUCGGCAGCUUGGAUGCAAAAACCUCCACCUCUGCCGUCGCCGCAAGCCAAACGAUCCAAGAGACGAUGCAGCUCCUCCACCUGGUCGCCGAUUUCCAGACCCACGGCCACACCAUGGCCAGGCUCGACCCACUCGGCCUCGACGUCCCCGAUGACAUCGACCUCAGCCUCUACCACUUCACGGAGGCCGACCUCGACAGGAAGUUCUUCCUCGGCUUCUCGACGACCCCGGGCUUACUUUCUGACUACUACAGCCCGGUCGUCACUCUCCGUGAAAUCCUCCGGAAGCUCCGGCAGUGCUACUGCGGCGGCGCCGGCUACGAAUACAUGCACAUCCCGGACAGGGACAAGCGCCAAUGGCUCAGGGACAGGAUCGAGAUCGGCAAGCCCCGCGACGACGACGGCAAGAACCGUCGCCUCAUCGUGCUCGAGAGCCUCAUCCGGGCCACGCUGUUUGAGAACUUCCUCGCCGCCCGGUGCCCGAGUUCCAAGCGAUACGGCAUCGACGGCGGCGAGGCGCUUAUCCCCGGCGUGGAGGCGUUGUUCGACAGGGCAGCCGAACUCGGCGUCGAGAACGUGGUCAUAGGGACGUCGCACAGGGGUAGGCUCAACCUCAUGGCCAACGUCCUCGGCAGGCCCGUAUCGCAGAUAAUCAGCGAGCUCACCGUCGGGCCGAGGCCUGUCCAAGUUGCCGACGGCGAAGGCCGGAUCUUCACCGGCUCCGGCGAACUCUACUUACAGCAGGGUGUCUCCUGCGACCGGCCUGCUCAAGGUGGCAAGAACGUCCACCUGUCCUUGGUCGCCCAUCCCUGCCACCUCGAGGCCGUCGACCCCGUCGUCAUGGGCAAGACGCGCGCGAAGCAGUUCUUCUCCGGCGACGCCGGCAGGACGAGGACCAUGGGCGUCCUCGUCCACGGCGACGGCGCCUUCACCGGCCAGGGCGUGGUUUACGAGACGCUCAACCUGAGCGCCCUCAAGAACUACACCACCGGCGGGACCGUCCACAUCGUCCUGAACAACCGGGUCGCCGCCACGGCCGGCCGGAGCGCCGGCAGGUCCUCCCGGCACUGCACCGACGUCGCCAGGGCCCUCGGUGCCCCGGUGUUCCACGUCAAUGGCGACGAUGUGGAAGCGGUCGUCCGCGUGUGCAGGCUUGCAGCUGAGUGGCGCCAGACGUUCCACUCGGAUGUGGUGGUUGAUCUGGUCUGCUACCGCCGGUUUGGGCACAACGAACUUGACGAUCCCACCUUGACGCUGCCAGAAAUGUACCAGGUGAUUAAGAACCAUCCCAGUUCAUUGAACCUUUAUGAACAAAAACUCCUAGGGACAGGCGAAGUUUCGAAUGAAGAUGUACAAAAGAUCCAUGACAAAGUGAACAUAUUCUUAGACGAAGAGUUUGAGAAGAGCAAAGAUUUUGUUCUCAGCAAGAGGGACUGGCUCUCGGCUUCUUGGACUGGCUUCAAGCCACCCGAGCAGAUAUCUCGCGUAUUUGAUACAGGGGUUAAGCAGGACCGACUGAAACUUGUUGGACGGGCGAUUACCAGACUACCUGUGAACUUCAAGCCCCAUAGAGCAGUGGAAAAGCUUCUGAAGCAGCGUGUCGCGAUGAUCGAAACCGGUGAGAAAAUCGAUUGGGCGUUUGCGGAAGCGCUUGCCUUUGCGACACUAGUAGAGGAAGGCAAUCAUGUUAGGCUAAGUGGGCAGGAUGUGGAGAGAGGGAAUUUCAACCAAAGGCAUGCGAUUCUACAUGACCAAGAAACUGGAGCAAGAUACUGCCCGUUCGACCAUGUUGUGAUGAAUCAGAAUGAGGGGCUGUUUAAAGUUAGCAACAGUCUACUUUCAGAAUAUGCUGUUCUUGGGUUUGAAAUGGGUUACUGCAUGGAGAACCCCAACUCGCUGGUUCUCUGGGAAGCACAAUUUGGUGACUUUGCCAACUGUGCGCAAGUGAUCUUUGACCAAUUUCUGAGCUGCGCGGAGGCAAGAUGGUUGCGCCAAACUGGGCUUGUUGUUCUACUGCCACAUGGUUAUGAUGGCCAAGGCCCUGAUCAUUCUGGGGCCCAUUUGGAGCGCUUCCUCCAGAUGUGUGAUGACAAUCCCUUCGUCAUACCUGAGAUGGAACCAACGCUCAACAGGCAGAUCCAGGAGUGUAAUUGGCAAGUCGUUAAUGUGACAACUCCUGCAAAUUAUUUUCAUGUGUUGCGUCGUCAGAUACACAGGGAGUUCCGGAAGCCGCUGAUCGUCAUGGCUCCUAAGAACUUACUCUGGCACAAGGACUGCAAGUCCAAUAUCGCCGAGUUCGAUGAGGUUGAAGGCCAUACAGGAUCUGAUAGCCAGGGAACACGCUUCAAACGGUUGAUAGAGGAUUGCAACAAUCAUAAUUCAACCGAGGAAAGUGUCCAUCGUCUGAUAUUGUGCUCUGGGAAAGUGUACUGUGAACUUGAUGACGAGCGUAAAAACUCAGGCCGUACUGAUGUCGCGAUCUGCAGAGUCGAGCAGCUUUGCCCAUUCCCAUAUGAUCUUGUCCAGAGAGAGCUAAAACGAUAUCCAAAUGCGGAGAUCGUGUGGUGCCAAGAGGAGCCCAUGAACAUGGGUGCAUUCAGCUACGUCUCUCCCCGGCUGCGCACAACAAUGAGGGCCCUUGGGCGAGGCUCAUUUGAAGACAUAAAGUAUGUAGGCAGGGCUCCUUCAGCAUCUGCAGCCACAGGGUUCCCGUCCGUUCAUGCGCAAGAACAGUCGGAGCUGCUGAAGAAAGCGUUGGAGCCAGAGCCGAUCAAGAACUGGUGAACAAUCCUGACUCACUUUGUCCGGCCGUGGACUGUAUAAAUUCACUUCAUUUGGGGGUAUUUAUACUUUCAAUGUCGUGAACAACUCACAUCGUUGAUCUUGUGGUUCAGUUAUGGAAACCUUAAUCAUGUAGCUGAACAGUGUAACUUUUCUAUUUUCUGGGCUUUACUUCCUCUUCCUUUUGAUC